AUGAAUCGCCAUCCCACUAUUCAUCUCAAUGGAGAAAAAGUAACAACAACACCAAGCACUACUAAUAAAACUACCGCUGGAGGUCGCAGUCCGUAUCAGUUGGAAAUUGAUCAUGCCUACUUAGCAGAACAAAACGCCCAUCUUCACAAAGAGCUUGCCUUUUCUCGUUACACGAUCAAUGCCCUCAAGAAUAUCAAUGUCCAAAAAGAUGAUGCUUUGCUAGAGACCAGACAGGAACUGGACCGAGCCUAUAUGCACAUCAAGUUGCUCGGAAUGACCAUAAUGAGAUACCAACAACAACAACAACAACAACAACAACAGCAAGGUCAAGGUCUUUUGACUGAUCCGUCCGGCACGGAGCAGCUUUUGAACCAGGAGACCGCAAGACCACUGUUGAUCAGUGAUGCUGACUCGUCUGACGACCAGGAGUUGUCUGAUGAGGAGGAGUGUAGCAAUAAUACUAGUGGACCUACAGACAUAAUGUCUAAACUGCCAUUGAGACGUCCUGUCAGUGUCUAUGAGUUGUAA